CUCUUUUUUUGUUUAUCUUCACAUCCAUGGAGGCUUUCCAGGUACUCUCUCGAGGAGGCGUUCAGUUCAACAAAAACAGAUUUAAGAAGGACGUGGACCUAUUCAACAAAUCAGAAUCGAAAUUGAAGCGGCCACAGACGUCAGGUCAAGGCUCUGAACUUCCUGCAACGCUUGACUUCUUCAAAUACGCACAAGGGGUUGAAGGGAAGAGGAAAAAUGAUGCUGGCGGCGGACGACCUGGAAAGAAAAGAAAAGUCGCGGAAGCAGGUGACAAAGCCGAGGACGAGCUAGAGGAGGAUAUGGAAGAGGAUGAACCUCAAGAUACCUCAAAAAUUGAAAAUGAUAAUAACAUUCCGCACCAACGCCAUCGUGUAACCACCAAAGGCUCAAAUGUUCCCGAUUUUGCGGAGACGUUCGAAGCUUUACGAGAUCGUUACCAGCUUUCGUCGAACCUCUUGUCAAAUUUGUCGAAGAAUGGUUACGCAUACCCAACUGGGAUUCAAUCAUAUGGUGCCCCAAUACUCCUAGAGGGUCGAGAUUUAGUUGCUAUUUCUCCGACCGGUACAGGAAAAACAGUCUCGUAUCUCCUACCUACAUUCGCCUCCCUUCGUGCUCCGGUAGCAAGUACUGGAUCAGACGCUGGACUUGGUGUCAGAGCUGUGGUCCUUGCGCCCACUCGAGAAUUAGCUCAUCAAAUCCACAAUGAAUGUCUUAAGCUAACACAGGGCCGGAAAUGGAAGAUUGUUUUAUUUAGCAAAGCUACUGCGAACACAUUGUCAGAUACAGCCGUCCGGGAUAAAAUCGAUAUGAUUGUCACCACGCCACUGCGCUUGGUCGCCUCAUUGCAGUCUGGAUCAUUAUCACUGAGCAACGUUCGACACCUGAUUUUCGAUGAAGCAGACCGAAUGUUGGAUAAGGAGUUUUUCCCUCAAAUUGAGGAAAUUGUUGCUGCAUGUACACAUUCAAAUAUUCAGAAAGCGGUCUUCAGUGCAACGCUCCCCGCAAAUGCAGAAAAGAUUGCCAUGGACAUGCUCCAGGAUCCUGUCAGAGUAGUAGUUGGUCUCAAGGACACCCCACUCCCCCUCAUCACCCAAUCACUCACAUAUGUUGCAGAUGACGGUUCGAAACUACCUAGCCUCCUCACAUAUUUUUCACAGCCCUAUAAUCCCCCAGUUCUAAUUUUCACCUCCACGCAGCCACGUGCAUCUUCUCUGGCUGAAGAGCUUGUACUCAGCGGAAUUUCCAACGUCGAUUGUUUACACGCGGGAAUGUCAAAAAAGGAGCGAGAGGAUGCUGUGAGUCGCAUGCGCAAGGGCGAAAGCUGGGUCAUGGUUAGCACGGAGGUUAUGGCCCGAGGAAUGGAUUUCAAGGGUAUCCAGGAGGUUAUCAACUACGAUUUUCCGACGACCGUACAAAGCUACAUUCACAGAAUUGGUCGGACUGGACGAGCAGGUCGCUCCGGAAAAGCAGUCACAUUUUUCACGGACACAGAUGGUCCAUAUCUCAAAGCAAUCGCUAAUGUCAUCUUACAAUCCGGGCAAUCCGUCCCGGAAUGGAUCACAAAACUACCCAAGCCAUCGAAAAUGAAACGAAAACAGAUGGGAAAAACGAAGCGUCCUGAAACGGUGAAUGCUGCACGGAAAAUAGGACGCAACGACGCGAUCAAGAAAAGAGAAAUGAUCGCUGGAUCAAAAAGACGGAAAAUCAAAGAGUUAGCUCAUGAUAAGGAGAGUCGGACGAUACCUUGACCACAGUAUUGACUCAGACGGUGUCAUUUUGACACGCUCCUGCGAUAGGUCAUGGGGACGCACUGUCUCAUGUAUACUUGCUACCUACAAUCAACGGGUGAAUGUUUGGAGCUUCCUCGAAGUCACAAUCUCAGUACGAUCAAUAAUGUUAACUUACAGUAAUCACUCUCAACUACAUAGAAUGUCUUUUGUAUAAUCACCUUGAAGGAAACAAGGAGGAAGAUCGGCGCUGCUCUGAUGUUGCUGAAGCCACCGAUUGCUUGAUUGCUUCCUUGAUAACUCGACCAUUGAUGUUCAAG